UUCGUAAGUAACCCUACAAAAACUCUGAAAUAACUUUAUUACACAUAAUUUUAACUGGUUUUGUCAGCUCUAGCCACAAGGAGGGAGCACUGCUCCUAGCAGUUCCAUGGAGAUCUCAAAGCUCCCCCACAAGAAUUUCAGGUACCUCUCAAACCCUUAUUAUAAUUUGAUUUUCCCUCUCCUCUCCCAACAGUCCCAGCCACAACUCUUUCCAAAACCAUCAUACCGAUCUUCAACUUCUCUAUGUUUCUGUAACUAUCCUAGUUUAUCCUUGUUUUCCUCAAAUGGGUCACCUUCUGUCUCAAAAUUCAUGGGUUUUACUGGAUGUAAUGGUCAUAAUAGUCAAAGUUUGAAUCUUUAUUUCUUCAAGUCAAGUAUUUAUGGUUAUCUUCGAGGUUACAAGACAUCAUCCUUUGAUGUUUAUAAGGAAAUGGGAACUGGUAGGGUCAGACCAAAGGCAAUGCAAAAACAAGUAGCAUAUAUUAUUGAUUUGAUUAAGAGGGAUGAGUAUGAUUUGGAGUACAAGUUGGGUUCUUUGAGUGUAAAGCUAUCUAUUGCUUCUGUGACUCUGGUUUUUCAUGUCUUGAAUAGUGAAAAGGUGUCUGCUUUGCGUUUCUUUCGUUGGAUUAGACAUUGGCAGCCUGAAUUGAGAUGUAAUUCUGAUAUUUGUAGCUUGGUUAUUGAUAAUUGUGGGCGUUUAGAUGAUUAUGAUGCUAUGAGGAGUCUUCUGAAUGAGUUUAACGAGAACCGGUUAUGUCUAACCAAAAAGGCAUUCGAGUUCUUACAUGUUAUGAAUGUUACAAAUGAGUCCUUGGUGGAAUCCACACAGAGAGUGAUUGGCUUGUUGCUUGAAGUUAGAGGGUCAUGUUAUGGUUGGGUUUCCUCAUUGAUCGAAAUGUUCAGUGUUUUGGGAUCCUUUGACAUGGUUGAGUUUGUGAUGAAGAAAACUGAGAGGAAGAUUUCUUAUUACUAUAUUUUUAUCAGGGAAAUGUGUCGGAGAUGUGAUUUUAAAGGGGUGAGAGAUAUUCAGGAUGAGAUGAGGAAAGAGGGCUUUGAACUGAAUGCCCGAAUUUACAAUUAUCUAAUUAGCUGUUUGCUUAAGAACGGUGAAUAUGCUGAUGCUUGCAAGGUAUUGACGGAAAUGCAGGACAAGGACUGCCCUCCUGAUGCAUUAACCUUUGAAAUUUUUAUAUAUUACUGUUGCAAUAACGGCAAGACUGAAAUUGCAUGUCACUAUUUUGAUGAGAUGGUGGCAAGGGGUCUUGAACCUCGGCUUUCAACACAUGCUGCCUUUAUCAAGGGUUUUUUCAACUCAGAGCAAUAUGAGGAGGCAUAUAAGUACGUGGUUGAUUCAGAUAAGAAGUACAAGUGCACAAGCUGCAUGAAUUACAGCUUGCUUGCGAGGCUUCAUCAGAAAAGAGGAAAUCUGGUGAUUGCCCAAAAUAUUCUUUCUGAAAUGAUCAAGAAAGGUCUUAGACCAUAUUUUAAAGUGUACAUGAAGGUUUUCAACUGCCUCAAUAAAUCCGGCAGGGAAACGCUAGCCACAGAUUUGCAAGAGCAGUUUCAUCAGCUUCAUUCAAAGGCUUAGUAAGCAUGUAGGGGCAUCUUCAGCUGAAACAGCAAGGAUUUUACUCUCAGAUUUGACGGUAAGAGUUUAUAGAAGUUUUUACUUUCGAACUUCUCUCCAGUUUUUUCCUAUUCCUUUUGCAAUUAUAUAUAAUUUCGAGAAACAGGGAAAAAGAAAAUUUGUCACUUGGAUGCUUCAUUUGCUCUUCCCCUCCAGCUCUAGUGACCAAAAGUAGUAGGAAACGUGAGAAAACAAAUCAUAUAACAAAAACCAGUUUGGCCCUUAGCCAUGAAUUCUGAUGGGAAACUUCUUUCAAUUUUUUCCUUCAAAAUAUACUUGUUUGUUGAUCAAACAUUUCAGUGACUCAUUGAAUAAGUGAUUAGGUUAUUUAAGGUUUUAGGCUCUUAAAUAACUGCCACUGGAUCAUUGCCUUUUUUCCCCACCCUCAUAUUUUGUCUGCAUUUCUUUCAAAGCAUCACAAAUUUUUAAUAGUCAUUCCUGUUGUUUGUUUCAGUCAUUUUGGCCAGUCAUUAAUUCUUAUGGCCGAGUAAUAUUUUUUACAUGCACGCUGGUUCUCAUUUCACUUAUAGUUCUUUUUCAUUGUAUGCUGAUGGAAUUUUGGCUAGACCCAACCCUCUUCCCAACUGAUUCACUGCUUCUGAAGUAUCAUGGAAACUGCUUUUAUCCUCCAUCAAAUUUUAUCUUUUAGCCGACCAUACUUUUGAGAUUGAGGGACUUUACUAAAUUAGGAUAAUCACUCAGGUUAUAAGCAAUACUGAGGUUCAUAAUCACUUUUAAGGUUUAUUUUCUGACACACCACUGUUUCAAAUCAAUGAUUGUUGUUGUUCUGAGUCAAUCCUUUGUUCCUAUGUUAUUAAGUUAAACGAAUAUCUUGUAGGGUGAACUAAAUAUGGCUGAUUAUUGUCAUUCAGAUGUUUUUUUUUGUCAUGCUAAGACUGCUCUCGUGCUGCUCCUAGUAGAACUGUAGAAAUAUGCAACAGGACUUUCUUUGUUAGUGAUUUAAUGUAUUGCUGCUCCAAACCCAACCCAUCACCUGCUAAGAUGAAUUGUUAACGCAUAUUGGCUGAGGUCAAUCAUAUCUUUUGAGUUGUAUUAGUGGUAUGUAUCGCCUAUUGGCUGAGGUCAGUCAUCACCUGUUAAGAUGAAGUGUUACCUCAUACUGGCUGAGGUCAGUCAUACCUUUUGAGUUGUUUUAGUUUCAGCAAUGGCCUGCCAAGAGUCUUUACUAGCCUCAGUACUGCUGGCUAGCGUUCUGUUAGACUGGAAGUACCGAAGUCAGAAAAGGAAAAUAGAAAACAAGUAAAUGCUGUGAAUGUGGGAGUCAAUAUGAUUGUGUUUUUCUUUAUCUGAUGACAUUGAGGUGAUCACUGCUUCUGUGACUCUAAUUAUUGCUAGCUUGUUCUAUACUUAAAGUUCCAGCAAUUUUAAUUUGCUCUUUAGCUCCAUGUCUAUAUUAACUUUUAGAACAUGGCUAUUUUCUUGCUUGCAGGAUUAUUUAUUUGUUUCCUUGUAUUUGAAACUUUGGCCGAGGAAGAGCUGAAACAACUGGAGAUCUAGGAGGAUGAAAGAUCUGCACCUAUAAUUCUUGUCAAUCACCACUCGUAAGUUUCUCAAAUGUGCCGACCAAUUCAUUUGCAAUCUAAGGGAAUAUUCAUGUUCCAGAGAGGAGCACUGAGAAUGUGUAAUGAUUUUGAUGUGGCUUAGAGGCAAAGAAGAAUUCAAGCCUGGAGAAACAUGAACCUCACAUGAUUGCAUAGAGGAGUGCAGUGGUAAAGUGCAGUUUGUUGGGAUAAAAGAUCGAAGCUUCUUCCAACAUCACAUCCUUGCUCGAGGCUUGCCCUCAGUUGGUUUUCUCUAGACGCAGAAUGCAUGUCAUGGACAAGAUGGAUGAGCACUAGUGGAUAUGUAUGCUUCAAGAAAGUGACAAAUGAGGUGUGUUUGAUGCAUGUUGUGGCCAACCUUUCACCAUCUCACGUCCUGGCUGAUAGGGACUAGUUGAAAACACUUGUCUUUUCUAUGCCUUAACAAACAUAGAGAUCUCUCCCACUACGGAUUUUGCUAUUCUAUUGUGGAGCACAUAAAAUGAAUGGCUUACUCAAUGCGGAAGCCAUCUCAGCAUUGUGGUCAUUCUGUAGCAAUAUUUCUUUUACGACGAGGAAAAGUUGGUCGCGGUCAGAUUUCCAUAUUUAGGAUAUCGAAGGCAGAUGUGAUUUCCCAUCUCUUCUUAUUUUUCCAGGAAACCUUUGUGUACCCAAGUAUCAUUUUUCGGACAGGACAUGUGUAAGAAAUCAAAUUUCUAUUUUAUUUCAUAAUAGUUACAACUCUAA